GAAUAAAUGUGUACCUCACUCAUAAGUUUGGGGUUAAUAAAAGAACAGUAAUUGUUUAAUUAUUUAUGCUAUAAUAAGUUUCCCUUAUCAUUUGAAGGAAAACAUUAUUCAAAAGUUUGGAUAAUAAUUUUUUAUUAUCCAAAACUGACUUCGUUUUAUAUUAUUAACAUCUUCAAUGACUGACAUUUAAUUUUAAGAUUGUCAAAUUUGUCGCAAUUGCCUUUGGAUAUUUUAACUAAUCUAGUACAUACCAGAGGUCAAAUGUCAAAGCUGAUCAUUUCAAUCCUUGGACUGAAUGUUAAGUGACAUCAGAAGAAAAAGUUUAUUGUUGUUUCCCCUGGAAAAGAUAAAAGAAGUGUGUAGCAAAAAAACGGUAUUGGAAGCAGGUUAUAUCAGCUUGUUGAAUAGUACUGCAUGAAGAGGUGAUUUGUAAAAUAUUGAAAAGCAAGAAAACUAUUCUAACAAGAGCUGUGGAUGUUUGCUCAACUUACCUGAGUUUUUGAUAAGGAACUGUGUACAAUGGAUUUUAUCUUGGAAUUACAUCUCUUUACAUGCUACAGCCUGCUCUUAAGACAAAUAUCUUUUUCUAAGGUCACUUAAUACAGAGACUGAUCAGCAUUUUGGAUUAAUGAUUAUUAUAUUCAUAUGCUAUUUGCAGUUGAAAUCGUAUGGAUUAUCAAGACUUGUCUCUCAUUGUGACUGUGCCUGGUAAUAUGUGAAAAUCCAUGCAUGAUUUGCAAACAAGUGGUUAACAGUUACAUGUAUUUAAUGUCAUAUGUAGAAAAACCCUGUUACAAUGGUUAAUGUAAUAUAAUUUCUACCAUUCCUAGACUUCAAGUAAGUGCAAGAGUAGAAACAAUUGGCAUCAAAACUUAAUCUAUUGGGUUUGGAGUUAUAAACUAUUCAUAGCACUUCAAAGAGCUCUCAAUCAACAAAUGAGAAAAGGAACACUUUUCAGUGGUAAUUUGCAAUCUGUUGGAAGGAAAAUUGAAAAGAAGACAUUUUCUUGUUAUUUACUACCAGAGCUAUAAGAUCUUCACAUCAUGUUUGAGUUCAGGACAGACUACAAACGGGGCUAUGUGGUUGAGUUUAAAGAUUCUGAGAAUGACACCCAUUGCGAAAGCUGGGUCCUUUUUCCUGCUGAAAACCUCUGGCAUGAAGGAAUAAGGGGCUUUCUUUAUAUACUAUGUAUGAUCUACUUUUUCGUUGGUAUAGCAAUAGGUUCGGACAUAUUUAUGAAUGCUAUAGAAUGUCUAACCAGUAAAGAGAGAGAGGUCUCACGUUGGGACAAUGAAAAGCAAGAAGUGGUGAAGUUUAGGGUUCGAAUCUGGAAUGAAACUGUAGCAAACUUAACUCUGAUGGCACUCGGAAGUAGUGCUCCUGAAAUUCUUCUAGCUACUAUAGAAAACAUACUUAUAUUAGCUGGUGGUCAUACUGAAGAAGUUAAAGACUCUUUGGGCACAUUUACUAUCAUAGGGAGUGCGGCUUUUAAUCUGCUUGUCAUAACAUCAGUCUGCAUAGUUUCUGUGCCAAAGAACAACGUGAAGCACAUACAGGAGUUCGGCGUGUUUAUGACGACGGCGAUAUGGUCCCUGCUGGCGUAUGUGUGGAUGUUGGUUGUGGUCCAGUUCAUCACGCCCGGGGUUAUCUCCCCCUGGGAGGCAUGGGUCACCCUGGCAAUGAUGCCCAUUUUUGUCUUCAUGUCUUACAUGCAGCACAUCGGCUGGUGUGGGAGCCUUUGCAAGGACAACUCUGUCAAUGAUGAUCAGCACAUGCGUAUCCUUAACCAGCGGGGUCGUGCGGGGUCGUUUACAGGGCACAUCAUUCCAGGCAAGGAGCUGCGCGUACUCGAGGCUGAGAAACAUGCGCAUGCUUCCAGGCUUAGUGUCGUAAGUCUGCACUCAGACAUAUAUAGACUGAAGAAAAAUGGAAGGGAUGAUGCAGAGUCGGACACGGUGAUCGAGAUGACAGAAAAUAGAGGGCACAUGGAAGAUAAAGAGAGACCUUCCCACAAUACAGCACAGCCUUUCACACGUGCCAGUAAUGUAACUGAAAAUGCAGGGUCAACAGCCCUUGCUCAUGCUACGUUCCGCCAUGCUGUUGUGCGGUCACUCACAGGGCAGAAACCCAGAGGUGUGCCCAAGAAAACCAUGGCAGAUGUUGUACAGACAGCCAUCACUCUGGAGAAGCGCAAGCAGGAGGGCAAGGCUCCAGAAGGUGAUUUGCUGGGAAAGUUUACUUUCUCCUCUGAUCGCUAUGCUGUGCUGGAAAGUGCUGGGUUCCUUGAAGUGGACAUCCUCUUCCACAGAAAUAUUCCGACUUGGCUAUCCUAUCACAAAGAUAGACCUGAGGAAAGGAAGAUGGAUUCAGAGCAAGCUGGAGCAGCAAAUGCUGCAACAUCCAAAAAUGUUCCUAAUGGGAAUGCAGGGUUAGGAAACGGGAAAGUGCUUCCAAACUUGGACGCCGUACCUGGAAUUGUGAGCAUCGAGUAUGAAACACGGGAGGCCUCGGCAAGGGCUGGAAAAGACUUCAGAUUCAUCGGUGACUCUCUGGUUUUUAAAGAGUCAGAGUACAAGAAGACAAUAUCAGUCCCCAUCAUAAAUGACAACCAGUUUGAAAAUGAUGUGACAUUCUACAUCGUCUUGAAAAACCCAACCGGAGGAGCAGGCAUUGGUGACCCAAGUGUUGCCACAGUCACGAUUGUGGAUGAUGAUGAACCUGGGGAAUUUCAGUUUGAACAGGAUCACUGUAUGGCUGACCUAAGUGCAGGAAAACUCAAUACCAAAGUCACCCGAGAGCAUGGUUUUGAUGGCAAUGUCAAAAUAGAGUACCAUACAAUAGAUGGGACAGCUACUGGAGGGGAAAACCUCGCUAAGAAUUGUGAUUAUGUGCACCAGAAAGGCUUCCUCGAGUUCUGUCAUGCUGAAACUUCAAAAGUCUUAUCCAUUGAUAUCAACAAAAAUGCCAAACUGAUUGAUAUUAACAACAAAGACUAUCAAGGACCAAAAAACUUCAUCAUCGUUCUGAAGAACCCGAGCCUUGGUGCCAAAAUUGGCACCCGAAGUGCAAUUGUUUGUAACAUAACGAAAGAUGAGCUUGGAGACAGGUUGGCUGAUGUUGUCUCUGAGGCAGAAGAAGAAACAACCUGGAGGGGACAGUUUGUGAGUGCUAUGACCGUUGGAGGUGGUUCAGAUGAUGAUGGUAAUGACACAGACCCUACAUGGUUUGACUACUUCAUGCAUUUUCUGACCUUCUUCUGGAAGCUCAUGGGAGCAUGUGUACCACCUACAAAGUACUUGGGUGCCUGGCCAACCUUUUGUUUAUCUCUGUUGUACAUCGGGCUGUUAGUGAUAGUUGUAGAACAGUUGGGUCAUUUAAUUGGUUGCGUCAUAGGCCUACCAACAAGUAUAACUGGCAUCACAAUAAUUGCUCUUGGAACCAGUUUACCGGACACCUUUGCUAGUCGUUCUGCUGCUCAACAGGAUGAGAAUGCUGACGCAGCGGUUGGCAAUGUCACUGGGAGCAACUGUGUGAACGUGUUUCUUGGUUUGGGCAUUCCAUGGGUGAUGAGCACGAUGUACCAUUUAGCUAAAGGCACCGAGUUUAGGGUGCAGUCCGAUAACCUUACACAGAGCGUUAUCGUCUUCAGUACUGUUGGUGCUAUCUGCAUUAUUGUGCUGCUGCUCAGAAGAAAGUUUGUUGGAGGUGAACUUGGCGGCAAGAACCCAUUCGUUCGCUGGGGAACUAGUAUUUUCUUGUUUCUGUUGUGGGUUUUGUAUAUCAUAAUUGUAAGCCUUAAAGCCACUGACAGACUUAAGUGGGAAGUAUAAAACAUCUGAUAAUUUAUGAAGCAGGGUGUGGACUGUUGCAUGACUUAGUGCACUGUAAGAUGUUUUCGUCAAUUUGGGUAUGGAUGAAACUGUAGAGCUCGUUUUGGACGAUCAAGUCAGCCAUUUUGUGAUGGAGGCCUGGUGGUUUACAUUCACAUGCUUUUACCUGAAUGAUGUGCUUUUCUUGAUAGAAUCGCAGUUAGAACAUACUUGUGAUCAUACUAAUCAAGCAGAUACCUAUUGUAGACCUUUUAGAAUAAUUUAGACAAAAACAAAUGGUGAGUUUGAGUUUAUGUUUGUGUAGAUGAUGUACUUUAUUUAAUGGAAGGACGAUUGUUGUUUUUUUAAGUUUGAAUUGUUUUCCUUUUUACUCAAAAUAUUGUGUUUUGCAUUUACGUUAUAUUCUGUUGUUAUUUUGCUCAAUUCUAAGUUUCCCAUUUACUUUAUUUCAUAAACAUGGGCGAAAUUAAAGAUUCUAGGAUGUCUAUUAGUUUGGUUUGAAAAAGUAAAACUAUAUUUACACAGCAAAGUAUAAUUGUGUAUAUAUGACAUGUAUAGGAAAUAACCAUGUUCAUAUGAAAAUGUAUGCACAAUAUUUGAAAACGUUUUUCAUUUACAACAUUACAUUUUCCGAGCAAUAGAUGGGUAAAACUUCUAUGCUAUAAUUAUCUAAAUAAUACAAGGUCGUCCAGAAUUACUAUGCAAAAACAUGAACAUUGUUUAUCUUUUGUUGUUGUAUUAACAGAAGAACAUAGUUUCUCUUGGUAUUCAACUUAAGCAUUACUGUUAAUGGCACUACAUACUUUUUGGGUCGGUUCUUUUGUUUUCGUGAUUAAACUGACUUAUGGCUGCAAACGUCAUAAGUCUUACUUAAAUGAGUGUUCGUAUGAGUGAACAUCUUUUAUCAGUAUUAGGAGGAAGUGUUUGUUUCAAGGAACUACAGAAGUUCUGAAAAUUUCCGUUAUGUUUUGUGCUAGAUACUGAAUAUAACAUUUGUGAAUUCCUCUACCUUAUCUCGCCUGUUUGUGUACUAGACAUAUUAGUUGCAUUUGUAGUGCUAACUAUUUGAUCCGGAGGCUUUCUGUCUCCAGCAAAACCAUCUGUGAUACUGUUGUUUGUUAUUGUUAUGUACCUGUUUUUUUUGUAGUUGGUUGAUAAAUUGUCAUCAACUUUACUUCAAAGUAUUGAAUAAGCAUGUCGAAACCUGAAGAGGAAUAUAUUUGCUCUUAUAAGACGAGGUUCAAAACAUCGACAUGAAUCCUAACUUUUCUAGUUAUAGAGUAAAUUGAUCGUGAUUACACAACUCUCAACAUUUCAUAUAUUUUUUGCAGUAAUUUGGUAGUAAUUUGAGUGGUUGUUUCCUUUGUCCUUAUAUUAAACAAUAGUGGAAUUUUCUGACAAAUAAACAGAGCAGUAAUUUCUUUUUCAUGUUUUUGUUGUUGAUUUUAUCAACUGUCUCAACCAAAAUAUCAUUUGAGUUGUGAUAUCAUAUCUUGUUUUAUUUGAAUUGUUUUUGAAUUAUUGAUAUCAAAUUUUGAUAAUUUGUAUUUGUCAAUAAAGCAAUUUCAUGACUGUUA